AUGGAUCAGCCCUCUACCAUGCCAAGCGCCAUGGGCGAAGUCACCCCCGUGGGCACGUCGGCCAACACUCCGUCUGGUCCGCCAACCUUCAUCGAAUUUGCCCUGGGUGGCAAGCGACUGGUUCGCUACAAUCGAUUGGCUCGCAGUGGCGACAUGGACGCGGCGGUUCUGGGGAAGGGAGGCUUCGGCUGCGUCUACCGAUAUGCAAUCGACGCAUCCUUCACGCCACCUUCGUCCAUGGACCUCUCCGUCUCUCUCAAUUCAGCUGCUGGCCGUCGUCACGCAUCCGACCUCUACACGUCCCGUUACUCGGAGCCCCCUGAGCUCCUUACUCAGUCGCCUUCUCGCCUCGGCUCGGACAGCAAUCCUCUCUUGAAACCCCCCUCGCUCGUGGCCGUCAAGCUGUGCCGUACGCCUUGCUCGGGCUCUUUCGACGAGUUGCAAAAGACAAGCUUGGUCGACAAGAAGACGCGACGAGCCGACAUGCAGGACGACACCAAGGCGCACGUACGUAUCGUCAGGGGGGAAGGUCGCAUCUUUCAGUACCUGCAAGCCGCACACCAGGCAUCAAGCCGGUCCGACGACCCUCCUCUCGUCAAGCUUCUCGCCAACCUCUCUGCCGCGGGCCGGCAGCGAGACCGGCAGCAUAAAAAUAUGAACUCUUUCGACGAGGACGAUGGACCCCCAACGAGACUGCUUGUGUUCGAGAAGCUGAUCGAGAUCGAUGCAGAGCGUACACCACACGGAUGGACAAAGUCGAAGAAGACGUGGACGCAUGAGCGCGUUGAAAAGGUAGCCUUCGAGGUCAUGCAAGGUCUUCAGUUCCUGCACGAGCAUAACGUGACGCAUGGCGACUUGAAACCGUCCAACCUCAUGCUAGACCCUCGCUCUGGCGUAGUCAAGAUCAUUGAUCUCGGUGCCAGCCGUCGAUUCGUGCACCUGUCCAACAGAGAACGCAACAAUCGCAGUGCCGUCGAGGACCAAGAUCGUCAGCUUCUCGACCGCCAUCGUCCAGUCACACGACUCGCUCCCGAGCUCUGCGAGGGACUCGGCUCCCUCACCGGCUCGCCCUACUACAUGGCCCCAGAGAUCCUCCUUCAGGCUACGCGGUACGUCGACGUAUCGGGUCGCGCUCGAUCGGUGCUGGAGGACUACGAGUAUGACUACCCCACCUUCCUGCCCCGGGAGCAAUGGCCCAUGUACCAGAUUGGACUCAGCGAUCUGAGACGAGGCUGGGGCAUCCGUGCCGAUAUCUGGAGCUGGGCUUGCACCGUGCAGGCAUUGUUGCUCAAGACGGUCGACGAAGAUCAGCGACCCAGCAGCAGCACCAUCUCGCCGUACGACUUUUCCUUCUCGCGCCAUCGCGACGAGAUGAUCGAUCCUCUGCAUGAAAAGUCGCCGGGAGAGGACGAUGUGCCGCGCUUCCAUCAGUGGUGCCGCGUUCUUCCUCUGCUCAUCGUGCGUAUCGCCUUGGAGCCGAUGACGUUGACCCCUCAAGCGGAUGGCUGCACAGCGGUCAUGCGAUCUGCUCUCAAAGGGUGCCUUCGACAUCAAGAUCUGAGGCCUACGGCGGACGAAGUCUUGCAGAUUCUUCGAACCUUGAGACCUGCUUCUCGAGCCUCCUUGAUACCAACGCCCAUCAGCCGCCCCUGGUCUAGCACUGAUUUCAGUCCUCGCCCGUCGAACAUCAACAAUGCUCGCCACGCUUCGUCGUCCGUGGCUUCCAGCGGCCACAAGGCUUCUCCCCACCUGCAAGGGCACGAGUUUGAUCAAUCAAGAUACGCUACUCCCCCUCUUUCCUACGGUCAUUCGAGCAUCGGUACGCCUCAAGACACCUGCGAGACCACGGAGAGGAAUCGCCUAGAGGAGACGCCGGACCGCAAACAGAAGGGGCGUCAGCGAACGAGCACAGCGGAUUCUACCUUUCUUCCCGCCCCGCCGUCGCGGGAGAGCCAGCUGAGCAUUCAGGUGGAAGCAAGCAGCAAUGAUGCGAUCCCUCAGGGUUUUGAGCUGGUCAGCACAUCCCCGACGCCAAAGAUACCGAAGGCACGGACGACAGCGCUAGGGGACCGGGGGCGACCAGCGACGGCCAGCGCAACUCUGCAGCCUUGGGCCGCUUCGCAGCAGAACGCCCAGCCCGCUCAUCGAGUGCUUCUCGAAGGGCCUCAGGCUUCGAGGUCUCACCCUUCGACACCCGUCACCGUCGGCGCUGGAGCGUCACGGUUGUGCCCCGAGGCAGGGGUGCGGAUGGCAGGCGAUGACCGUAGGAGGCAAGACCUGCCGCCGUCGCAAACAGGCAUGCUGCAGCGCGGAGCGGCCGCAGACGCUUCUGCAUACCCAGCAGCUCAGGACGGUAGUGGGUUGGGGAUCUGCUGGCCACUGGAAGGAAUGCACGGUCUGCAGCUGAACAGCACCGGAGCUCCCCGAUCUGCACCCCUCGGAAACACCAUCAGCGUACCCUCGAGCCCGAUGGCGCACAAUCGAGGAGCAUCGUUGCCUCUUCUCCAGUCGACAGCGGAGCAGAGGCGGGGAACGUCGCUCACCGUCCCUCCACCGGUGGCGCUAGGCUCGGUGAGACGGACAGGCGGGGAUGAUAUCGGAGGCUCGCCCCGCAGCAGUAUUGCCGAUAGCAAGGGUGUCAAGCCGAGCAGCUUGAUGGCGACCCUCAAGAAGAAGCAAGUGCGGAUCAAGGAAGGGUCGAAGAGGUUGAUGGGAAAGCGAGGAAGCGAUGACCAUGCCCAAACGAAGGCGAACGCGUUUGAGUAUGGAUACGGGCAAGGACAUGGACACGAGUCCGAACAGGAUCCUGCUUUUGGGAGCGGUGCAUUCGGUCAUGCUGGACAUCAUGGCGACCCGAUGUCUUUGAGGACGAACACCAUCCGAAGCUACUCGACACCGGCCACUUCGACCUUGCCGCCUCUGCAGACCGCUUCGCCCCACGGCAGCAUGCGAUACGAGACGUUCUCGAGCCGCCGGGCUGCCAACCGACCGGAGGACGAACCAUCCCCCACCAAACCACUGCUUCGCCGUCUCAUGACGUGGGGCAGCACGUCCUGA